AACUUGCCAUUGGCUGUUAAGCUUUGGAAAUAGGACGUGCCGUGUCCUAUAUCGCCCAAACGUGGAAUGUUUUUUUUUCCCCCCCCGACAGGGACCGACACACCAGUCUAAUUGCAGCUCGUGUCCUUUCAGUUUGGUUUUUAUUCUGUUUUUCUGACUCUUUCUUCACAAAAGAUAACCUGAUGAAGAAAAGACGAAAAACUGUUUCGGGGAUGCCGUCGUGGGAUUCGGAGGCUUCCCCAGAAAAGCUUUUUAGCGGGAAGAAACCUUGUGCUGCGCAUAAUUUAAGGAGUUGACAGCUUGACACAAACAUACAGUGCUGAGCUAACGCUAAACACACCCCAUAAGUACUUCUAUGUGAAGCCUGCCGAGUUUGGGUUGUACAACAUACUGCGGCUUCAUGCUGUGAAAUUUUGGUCUACACUACAGUGCUGUGCGAAUGUAACCUGCCUUGAUUAAUUUAUGAUUCACUAUAAUGAAAUGAUAGAAUAAUGAGGGGAAAAAACAGGGAAGGUUACAAAUGGAGGAUGACAACAUUUGCACACACCCCAAAUGAAUGUCUAAAUGAACUGUGUAUCUGUCCAGAAUGAAGCCUUAUCUCUAGAACCAUCACAAAAAUAUCAAAAUGAUUAUACCUGUGAGAUGCUUCACUUGUGGUAAAAUAGUUGGAAAUAAAUGGGAGGCAUAUCUUGGCCUUUUGCAAGCAGAAUAUACAGAAGGUGACGCCUUGGAUGCUUUGGGUCUGAAAAGAUACUGCUGUCGCAGAAUGUUGCUUGCCCAUGUAGACCUGAUUGAAAAGCUCCUGAACUAUGCCCCACUGGAGAAAUAAAUAUGAAGAAUUUAUGGUGCUAUGUGUACAUGAACCAAAGAUUUUACAAUCCUAAAGCCAAACUGCUGGGAUUAGAAAUCAAAUUAAUGAUCUGUGGGAAGUUCCUUAAGCCACUUCAUAUACCCCAAAUAAAUGACUUAAUAUUGAAUUUCACCUAGAAAGUUGGGGACUGCUUUUAAUUACAGCAUGUUUUUUGUCAGAUUCCAAGUAUAUUAGAAUCUCUUGAAUUUUCAAAUUUGAAAAAACUCUCAAAAUUUGGGUUACAGUUGGCAGUUGUAAUGAAAUUUUAAUAAAAAUAUGUUGGUUAAACCAGU